AUGCCGUCUUUCACAACCGUGAUCACAACCACCCACGAUAGAGAUGGUAAAUCGGUGUUUCGGGCCAGCCCGGCGCUCAAACCAUUCAAUGACAGAAUAAGCAUUAUCUACAGCACGUCAUCUAGUAAGGCUCUCGAUUUGGUCGAUGCCAAAGACAUCUUCGAACACGAAACUCGUGAUCUAGCAGCCUUAAUCCCCAAGGAGGGCAGUGUGGUCCUGAUGGCGGAGUGGGCUCCUAGCACCGACUCAAGACUACACCGUACACAAAGUAUUGAUAUUGGUGUGAUGAUUGCUGGGGAGAAACCACAGUACGACGCAAACAGCACGCAUGAUCUGUUUCGUUUUACCAUCGAAACCCAUUUCAGCUGA